AUGAGAUCUAUACUGAGUGUACGACGUAUUGACCAAAGGAGACUGUUUUACUGCUCAAAAACAUUAUGGAAUAGCUUGAAAGCUGUAGCAGUUGAAGAUCCAUUUCUUGGAAGGCGAGUUACUGAAAUUAAGGCCUCCAUUGAUAAAUUUAAUUUCUUAGAUGUAUCUGAACGUGCAGUAUUGAGUAACUCUCUUAAUGCAUCUAAUUCAACUGAAUUAAGGCGAGGUAUAUUGCGCUUGCUUGGAUUGAAGGGAUAUUUUAAUGAUAUGCAAUACAUAUCGAAAUCCAUAAUGGUGGACGAGCAAGGUGACUUCUAUAACGAUGUGAAGCUUGAAGAAUUUAAGGAAUACGUUGUAUCGUUGACGAAACACAGUAAACCAUUUAAAACUUUAGAACUCGUGGAAAGGUUUUUUUCUCAGUUCCCGCUUGACAAGAUGGAGAAGUUUAAGUUAAUUAAUGCUAUCUUCAUAGAUAUUAAAGAUCUAAGAACUCCCAAUGAAUGUCUCGCAUGGUGGUGUUUGGCGCUUAAAGACAAUAUGGAUGCCCUGUUAUUUUCAGAUACUGAAAUAGAUAGAGGUUUUACCCAAGCGCUGAACUCUCUAUUGAAGUCACGUCCAAUGUUUGAGCAUUACUUUAGCUCGGCGAUCGAAUAUGUCUUAAAAGUACAAGACAUGCAAACAGCAUCUGAAUCUGCGUCAUUUUUACUCAAACAUCUUAUGUUACAGCGGAACUUUACUCAAUGUCAAACUGUAUGGAAGUACAAAGUCGAUUUGGGAUAUCAAAUACAUAGUGUUGAUCUGACGGCAAUUUUGGCAUCAGCAUGUUAUUUUCAUCAGUGGGAUAGAGUAUUGGAACUCUAUAAUACCUAUGGCGAUGCACAUGAUAACUUCACACAGGUUGAUUAUACAUUAAUUGCCUAUGCCAAACACAAGCAUGGAAUGCGUUUACUAAACGAAAAUAAUGAUAUUCCCGAAGGUAGUCUACGUCAUUAUGGGGUGAAAAUGUUUAUUCUUUCCGAGAAGGGUGAUUUUGAACAGGUUGAGGAACUUUACUCUGAAUUAUUAAAACGUAAACUAAAGCCGGACCAUGCAGUCAUUCUAUCACUUGUCAAUGCUCAUUACAAAGCAUUAGAUUUGAAUACAGCAGAUAGGCGUUUUGGACUUUUUGAAGAGUAUGAUAUUGAGCCAACUGCAUUUUCUUAUUUACUGAUGCUACAAAUUUAUGAAGCAAAGGACGAUUAUAGUGGGUGUUUUAAGAUCCUGAAGAAAAUGGACCAGCUGAAAGUGCCAUUAACCGAAGCACACAUCACAUGUGUUAUUAAUUUGUUUGCGCGGUCAACUAAUGUUAACUUUGCAAUAGAGCUAUAUCGCUUAAUGAGUGAACAUUAUGGAUUAUGUCAUACCGGUUUGAGUGUAUCUGCGUUGAUGAACGUUUAUAAUACCGCAAGGAUGCCAGAAAGAGCUAUAUCUUUGUUCAAAAAGUAUCGUCAUAUUAAAUCAGUUCCCAAUAAGAAUAUGAUCUACAACUCUGCUCUCGAGGCGCAUAUGUUAUUAGGCAAUUAUAAAAUCUGUGAGGGGCUAUUGACCGAGAUGUAUGAAGAAAGGUUACCCAAAAAUUUUAAAACUUAUGAAAUGAUACUUAGAUUCCUAGUUGAAUAUAAGAAGCAGUUCAAAUCUGCUGAGAAACUGCUGAAGACUCUUACCGUGAAUGAACCUGACACUUCGCCCGUUUUGGCAGAAGUUAUUAUAAAAGCUUAUGACAAAAUGGGAAAUAUAGAAGGUGCACUAAAUAUAGUGAAUAUGCUUUUGCAAAACGGUAGUUAUAUCUCCUCGCGUUGCUUAUACUAUUUGGCAAAAGGAGCAUUCAUUCGCAGUACGAUGGAUUCACGUGGAUUCAGUAUCUUCAAUAAAUGGAUCAAGGACCUCAUGCGGAAGGUACACAGCAAACAAAUUAGGUUAGACAAACCAAUUCUACAUCCCGGAAUGAUUGCAUGGCCAAUCAAGAAACUAACAUCCUAUCGAGAACCAGUCAUUGCAGCGGAUAUUUUGAACUUAUACAGCAAAUUAUUCCUUCAGAGAGCUUCAACACAGGAGACGAAAUUGGUGGUUUUGAAAUGUAUGGCGGCCAUCGCUGCUUCAUCAGGUAGGUGGGAAGACUUCGAAGAUCUGUUUGAUAUGUACAUGGAAAGAAUUGAAUUGAUGAAGGGCUUGCAUAAAAUUCCAGGUGAUAAUAGAUUUCUUGAAACUGCAAUGUUUGGCAUCUUUGACUAUAAAUUGCAGCAUCUAAAGCAUUGCGGUCAGGUAACGACUAAGCUACCAACCCUACUAAAAGACAUUGACAGAAAAGGGUUAAUUUUGAGUAAUAGCACUUGGGAACUUGUUCUUCGGGAAUUAUUCAAGCAUCGCAGUACUAUCUUCUUGGGGAUGCGGAUAACUGAUAAAUAUUUCAUGAUUGGCUAUACUAAAUUACUGGUAGGCAGAAUAAACAAGAAUAAUACUAGUGAGGUUGGUGGUAAAAAGAUCCUAAAAGUUAGGGAAACUAAAAAACUCGGCAGGUAUGUUAGUCAUUCAGUACUAAAACAACUGCAAAUAUCACUGGACGCUUAUUUGGGAAAAUCCAAAAAUCGCUCUGAAACCAUCAGGCGGUUGAUAGACAGAUUCCCAUAUUUUAUGAAACAGUACCUGAUGACUUAUCGUAAAGGUCUUGUGAAUUGGAAUGAGAUAGAAGAGAAGCAUAAAGAAUACCUAAAGAAACUCCGUAAAACUAAGAAACGUAUUCCUGGGGAAUUUUUUUAG